UUAUGUUAGGUCUAGUUGACAAAAUUGUCAAGUGAAAUUUUGUAAAUAAAUUAGGUAGACAGUUUAUUCAAUGCAUAUAGUUUAUUUAGAAUUUGUAUCAUAAAUUGUAAUUUAUUAACAGUGACAUAUAUGUUAUAAUGCUUCCAACUAAGGAUAAAGUGAAACAUAGAAUAUGUAUGGUUUCUGACUUUUUUUAUCCAAACAUGGGAGGUGUAGAACAGCAUAUUUUCAACUUAUCUCAAUGUUUAAUAGAAAGAGGUCACAAAGUUGUUGUUAUGACACAUGCCUAUGAUGAUCGAGUAGGAAUUCGCUACAUGACGAAUGGUUUAAAAGUUUAUUAUUUACCUAUUAAAGCAUUUUACAAUCAGUGUGUUUUACCAACAAUGAUUUGUUCCAUUCCUUUGAUACGAUACAUUUUUUUACGAGAGCAAAUACAAAUUAUUCAUGGACACUCGGCAUUUUCUGCUUUGGCCCAUGAGGGGAUGUUAAUUGGUCGAUUAUUAGGAUUGAAGACUGUCUUUACUGAUCAUUCAUUGUUCGGUUUCGCAGAUGCCUCUGCAAUAUUAACAAACAAGUGUUUAGAAAUCGCUCUAGCCGAUUGCAAUCAUUGCAUUUGUGUUUCGCACACUGGUAAAGAAAACACCGUCUUAAGAGCGAAGGUUCCCAAAGAGAGAGUUUCGGUUAUUCCAAAUGCCGUGGACACGGCGCAUUUUACUCCUGAUAUUAGUAAAAGAAGUAAAGACUGCAUUACGAUUGUUGUGAUUGCUAGAUUAGUUUAUCGAAAGGGUUUAGACCUUUUGGCGGAAGUGAUACCAAAAAUUUGUUCACGUUAUUGUGAUGUUCACUUUCUCAUUGGAGGUGACGGACCAAAGAGAUGGCUCAUCGAGGAAAUAAGGGAGAGAAAUUUAUUGCAACACAGAGUUACGCUUUUAGGAAGUUUAGAGCAUUCGCAAGUGAAACAUGUUUUAAAUAAGGGCCACGUGUUUUUAAAUACAAGUCUCACUGAAGCAUUUUGUAUGGCAAUUGUCGAAGCCUCUUCUUGUGGACUGCAAGUGGUGUCGACGAAGGUAGGAGGCAUUCCUGAAGUUUUACCCUCCGAAUUGAUUUACCUCGUUGAGCCAACAGUACCUGCAUUAAUCGAAGGACUCGAGAAGGCGAUAGCAGAUUAUAAACUGGGACUCAAUAUCAGUCCAGACAAGGUGCAUAAAAAAAUCGAGUCUUUCUACAAUUGGUUCAACGUUACGAAACGAACGGAAGUCGUUUAUGAUUUAGUUCUUCAAGAAGAGGCGAAAAAUUUGGGUCAACAAUUAGCGAGUUAUCUAGAAAGUAAUGUACUCGCUUAUCUUCUAGUUAUUUCCAUCUGCUACAUAGUAUUACAAGCUCUGGACUACUUCGUUCCAAGAACGUACAUUGACAUUGCGGAAGAUUACAAAAGAAGAAAUUAUAAAAUUAAAAAAUCACAAUGAACGGGAUUCGAAGUAUAAAAAUUGAGAACAUUUGGAAAUUAAAAGUAUUCGUUUUUUAUUCUAAUUUAUGAUAUUUACAUUUUUACAUUUUGUAUAAUAUUGUACAAUAGUUGUAAAUAUUUUACUGGGAAAAUAUUGUAAAUUCUCCGAAGUUACCAAAGAAGUGGCAGAACGAAAGUACAACUUUGGAAAAAGAUAAACAGGAUAGUUUCUAUUUAUAGUUUUUAUAAUUUUAUAAAGAGCAAGUAACAUUACAAUAUUAUUUGUACAAAUUGUGUUCACAUAGAAAUGCUUUUUUGUAAAUAAUUUUAAAUGUUUCGAAAAUUAUAAUUAGUUACCAGUAAUAAAGUGGGGAGGAUUCACCAAUGGUGGGUUAGCUGAGGGAAAAAGCUCAAUUUUAUUCUACUAACGCGAUUGUAAAUAAAAAAAACUGCUACUAUCACUUACCAUUUAAAGGAUGGUAUUAUGGUUUUUAAAAAAUUAAAAAAAAAAGAAUUGGAUAGUAUAAAAGAUCAAAAAUUCGAAACGUAUGAAACAAAGCAUUUUUUAAAAAAGUGACAAAAACACACUUUCAGUUCUUUUAUAAUUACAAUCGCAUAAGCACAAUUUGAGCUUUUUUCCUAAAGCUGAUCCAUCACCUACCCUAUAAAGCGUAUUAUAGUAUUAAAUUAUAUUAGAACUAAAUAUAUAUUUUUAUAUAAAAUUUUGCUAUACAAAGUAUUUUAAAGAAAAUUGUAUCGAAAUUCCAGUAUUCAUUUGUAUUAAAAUUUAAGUAAUUAGAAAUAUUUAAAAAUUAAUUUAAUAAAUUAUAUAUAUAUGUAAUUGCAACAAAAAAGUCAUUUUCACUAUAGAUUGCAGGCUUCGCACUCAUCUACUAAAACCUACUAUUUACUACUUUUUUUACGUUAUGCUACUAUUUGGGUCUUUUUCAGAUUUCAGCCA